GCCGGCUGAAGUGCUCGUGCGAAAAAUUACUAACUAGUUCGACAUGUUACAAGUCAUUGUAUUUACGCUGGUCGGCAUUUUAUUUGUGUUGGCGGCGCUGGAGGUCAUUGUCAGAGCCUGCGUUACCACUGAAAAACGCGAUUGGAGACGGUGUAUUGUUAUAUCUGUUUUAUCGUCGGUUGGAGUGGUGGCGGUUUGCGCUGUUAUAAUAGAUUCCCUUUGGAGUCCCUUGGAACAGGUCACGUCGUAUUUAAUGCCAUAUUUCCUGCCGUCGGAAGUGGAGCCGUUGACCAAGAAGUUCGGAGCCUGGGCUGCCGUGACAGGCAGCACAGAUGGUAUCGGCAAGCAGUACGCGUUGGAGCUGGCGCGGCGAGGCUGCUCUGUGGUGCUCAUCAGCAGGAACCAGGACAAGCUGAAUGCGGUGGCCAGUCAGAUAGAGAAAGAACACAACGUAAAGACGAAAACGAUAGUGGCUGACUUCAGCCGGGGAGCGGAGGCGUACGCCAAAAUCGAGGAGGAGCUCCGGGAUGUUCCCGUAGGAAUACUAGUAAACAACGUCGGUAUCAACUACGACUACCCUUGCCUUGUGUGCGAAUUACCACAGAGCAAAGUAUGGGAGAUCAUCAACAUCAACGUAGGAGCUGUAACCAUGAUGACCAGAACUGUCCUGCCAGGCAUGGUCGCUAGAGGGCGCGGUGCUAUCGUCAAUGUAUCUUCAGGGUCGGAGUUGCAACCACUACCUCUGAUGACUAUAUAUGCAGCAACGAAAGCAUACAUUCGCAGUUUCACGCUCGCACUCCGAGAAGAGUAUGCUCCUAAGGGUAUCCACGUCCAGCACCUCAGCCCGAUGUUCGUGUCCACUAAGAUCAACUCGUUCUCCCAGAAACUUCUAGAAGGAAACCUCUUGGUGCCUGAUGCAGAGACCUACUCCAGAAGCGCGGUUGAGACCCUCGGCAGGGUGCACAAUACUACUGGAUUUUGGCUGCAUGGGAUUCAGUACUUCUUCAUCAAGCUGACACCAGAAUGGAUAAGAAUAAAGAUAGGGAUAAGAAUGAACAAAAAGUUUAGGCAGGAGUACAGUCAAACUCACAAAACAAAAGUUAAUUGACUGAAGACUUGGUACUCAUAGAAAAUUUAAAUUUGGUAUUACAUAAACUAAGAAAGUGUAAGUGAAAAUAAAGUGAUAUAAAUAGAAUAGUACAAUUUUAUUUUUGUUAAAUUAGUGUGAUAAUAAAUAAUGUUUUGUAAUUUUUU